AGCGGCAAAUGCGUGACCACAAUCACGGAUGGCGUGGAGUACGGCCUGUGCUGUGCCUACGCUCCGGGCGAUCGUUACGUACUCGUGGGCACAAAGUCUGGCCGAUUGCAAGUGUUUGACAUAAACGCCGCCCAAUUGGUCUACACCGUGGAGGCCUCCGAAGAUCAGCUGCCCAUUUGGUCCAUGUGUUUGGCGGCCAACUCCGCGGGUGUGGUCACCGGUGGCGAAGAUAAGUCGGUAAAGUUCUGGUCGUUUGAGCUGCAGUUGGAUACGGUGGCCAACUCGCGCCACCUGUCGGUCAUUCAUCAGCGCUCACUGGCCAUGGAUGACGGCGUGCUGUGCGUACGGGUGUCGCCGAACGGCAAGUUCGUGGCCGCCUCCCUAUUGGACAGCACCGUUAAGCUGUUCUUCUACGACACGUUGAAAUUCUUCCUCAGCCUCUACGGACACAAAUUCCCGGUGCUAUCGAUGGACAUAUCGUCGGACAGCGCGCUGAUCGCCACCGGUUCCAGCGACAAGAAUCUUAAACUCUGGGGUAUGGACUUUGGCGACUGUCACCGGUCGCUGUUCGCCCACGACGACAGCCUAAUGGCCGUGCAGUUCGUGCCGAAGACACACUAUCUGUUCACCGCCGGCAAAGACAAGGCGCUGAAACAGUGGGACGCCGACGGCUACGAGAAGAUACAGACACUCGGCGGCCAUCAGGCGGAGGUGUGGGCGAUGGCUGUGUCGCCGGACGGCAAGUUCGCGGUGACCGCCGCUCACGACCGGACACUACGCGUGUGGCAGAAGACGACCGAACGCAACCACAACCUGCUCCUCUUCCUCUACCUUUCCCUCGCGCUGAAGCUCCUUAGCGACAAGCGGUGGCUUCUCUUGGCCGGAGCCGAGCGACUCAUCGAAGCGCUGGACGUGUAUCGCGAAGAAGUGGCCGCUCGGCGAGAGUACGACGAUAGGUGUCGUGCGGCCGAAACCCGCGGCGAUAAACAAUUGCCGGCUCCCCCGCCGCCCAAUCCCCGUAUGAUGUACUACAAGACCGACUGUCCGCACCGGUACGCGCUGGAAGUGCUGCGACGGAUCAAAUCCAACGAGUUGGAGGAGACACUGUUGACGCUGCCCUUCAAUUAUGUGGUGCAACUGUUGGACGUGUUGGCCGACCAGUUGGCCAGGCGUUGGGAUGUGGAGCUCAUGUGCCGAUGCGUGUGCUUUAUAUUACGCGUAAACUUUGGCCAAAUCGUGUCGACGCCAUUACUGUUACCCACUUUGGAUCAGUUGCGACAACUGAUGAACGGAUCGGUAGCCGAUCUUAAGGUAUAA